AUGCAUUCAGAAAGCGGGGUUUCACCGAAGAAGGGAUUGGAAGCUGAAGUUUUGAAUUCAAAGGAAAACCUUAGCGGCAAAAACAUGAUAUUUAGAACAGAAAAAAUUGAUUUGAGGAGCUUGGAUGUGAUGCUAGAAAAACACUUGACCAAGAUUUUUACCAAAGGCAUUGCUAAAAGGCAUAAAGAGGCAUGGGAGAUUGAUUUGGCCAAAUUGGAUUUACAUUAUUCUGUAGCUAAGGGAACCUAUGGUACUGUCUACAAGGGUACCUAUGACAGCAAAGAUGUUGCAGUGAAAGUGUUGGACUGGGGUGAAGAUGGUGUUGCCACCGCUAAUGAAAUUGCUUCUUUACGAGCAUCAUUUUGGCAGGAGGUUACUGUAUGGCAAAAACUUGAUCACCCAAAUGUCACAAAAUUUAUUGGAGCUUCAGUGGCCACUUCAAAUCUUAUGAUUCCCUUACCAACCUACGGUCAAAAUUCUCUUCCUUCCAAGACGUGCUGUGUUAUUGCUGAGUUUCUUCCCGGUGGAACCCUGAGACAAUACUUGUUUAGAAAUAGGCGGAACAAACUUCCAUAUAAGGUUGUGAUUCAGCUGGCUUUGGACCUCUCUAGAGGUCUGAGUUAUUUACAUUCAAAGAAAAUUGUUCACCGCGAUGUAAAGCCUGAUAAUAUGUUGUUAGACGCUAAUCAAAAUUUGAAAAUAGCUGAUUUUGGAGUUGCUCGUGUUGAUUCUACCGAUGAAAGUGAGAUGACAAGUGAAACUGGAACCUAUGGAUAUAUGGCACCGGAGGUUUUAAGUGGCAAGCCUUACAACAGAAAAUGUGAUGUCUAUAGUUUUGGCAUUUGCUUGUGGGAAAUUUAUUGCCGUAAAUUGCCGAUUUCAAAGCUGAGCCUUGUUACUGUGUCAUGUGCAGUAAUGAAUCAGCGGGAUUUUGAAAAUUCUUUAGGAACUUUUUCUGGUGGAUUUGGAAGUCCAAUUGAACUACCCAAUGAAGAAUGGUCCAUCUUACCUUCAAUUGGACUGGGUCUAGGUUCAUUUGUUCAAAUUACCGGGGGAGACUUUUUGAAGUCCAUGAGUCCUUCCCUUUUUAGAAAUGCCAAGAAUUGUGGUUACCUCGUUACUCAGGCUUAUAAUCCAGUUGUUCUACCUGCAAAAAUGGGUACUAAUAUAUUGGAUAUACUGCUGCAUGUGGCAUCUGAUGGAGUUGACGAGCUUUGUGAUCAUAUCCAUAAGUUAUUGCCUGGAAAAUCUAUUGAGUAUAUUGCGUGGGAAGCCACAACCAACAAAGGGACUCCAGGAAGAGGUAAUACGCCUUCCAUUGGUGACGAUGGUGGAGAAAUUGGUGACGAUGAUCAUGGAUUGGUGCAUUUACGACCUGAGAUUCCAAGAAGUUGUCCAGGCGCCUUAGCAAACAUCAUAAGAAAAUGCUGGGAUGCAAAACCAGAUAGGCGUCCAGAAAUGCAUGAGGUGGUGGAAAUGUUGGAAGCGAUUGACACUAGCCAAGGAGAGACAGACAUUCGUGUUCGCACAGAUUAA